CCUCUCUCUUCCGAUCGCAGGUGUCGACAUUUUGAGAAGGGAGAGAAAAGAGAUCGAACCGAAGCGACGGGGAACUGCACGGGCCUGCGCCGCAGGGCUCACUCUCCGGCGAUGGCCGUAGCCUCCUCUGCUGCCGCUUCCUCUGCCGCAUACAGCCCAACAAACGCCUGCUUUGAUCCGCCGCCACCGCUCCGGCUCUCUGGGGAGCAGCUGAAACACUGCUCUGAAGCCCUCGCUUUCUUCAAGAAGAAGCUCAGAACCCCUGCCAAGAUCCAUCAAGAGUUUGAUCGCCUCCAGGAGUUGAGGUUUACCAAGGAUGAAAUGAUGAGAAAGUGUUCUGUGGCUCUGCAAUAUGUGAAUCUACAGAAAAACCGUUACACGGAUGUUUUACCAUUCGAUGGCAACCUGAUCGCUCUCGGUUCUAGGAGGGAAAGCAGCUCAAAGGGGAAUGGUUAUAUCAAUGCAAGCUUUAUUGGGGUUGCUUCUGGUGAAAAUGUUUCACAGUUUAUUGCUACGCAAGGUCCACUUCCUGAAACAUGUGAAGAUUUCUGGGAAAUGAUAUUUCAGUAUCGCUGUCCUGUAAUUGUAAUGCUAACCCUUGCUGAUAAUCACAAGAUGAUGAGAAAAUGUGCCAAUUAUCUUCCAGCAAACAAUGGGUGUGGACAAUUUGGGAGAGUCAGUGUUGAGAUCAAGUAUACAAGUAAUGUUUCUUCAUUAGUUCUUCGCUGCUUGGAGGUGAAACACAGAGAGUUGGUGAUGCCAGCCCUUUCUGUUCUCCACAUCCAAUAUCCUGAAUGGCCUGAUCAUGGAGUGCCUAGUGAUACUUCAGCAGUUCGAGAAAUUUUAAAAAGGACAUAUCAUGUCCCACCCAAAGAUGGCCCUAUUGUUGUGCAUUGCAGUGCAGGUAUUGGAAGAACUGGUACAUAUUGUGCCAUACACAACACAAUCCAAAGGGUUCUCAUUGGUGAUAUGUCUUCCUUAGACCUCAUGAAAACUGUUGCUGAGUUCAGAUCUCAACGGAUUGGGAUGGUCCAGACAUUGGAGCAGUACUUCUUUUGUCACGACGCAAUUGUGGAUGAAAUAGAGGAUGUUAUCCAAAAGUCCAAAUCAGAAGCUCAUGAAGAUUUCCAUGAAGGAAGAAGGGAUAUGAAGCCUUGAAGUACUUCAGUUUCCUGCACAUCUCCCAGAUGUUGCAGCAAGAGCUUAAAAUCAGGAUAUUUGCAUGCCUUCUUUAUGGCUUUCAGGAGGCUACUCAUUGCCAUGUUUCCAUAGAUUCUUACAACAAUGACAAAAGAGUCGAUCGGAUCCGAUCCAAGAUCUAUUCCCUUUAGAUUGGACAUUAUUGAUUUUCCAAAUCCAGAGGAUUCUUUGUAGGUGGUAUCUGUGGGUGAUUAGUUAAGCAACCAGGCUGAUUGAUUCGUUGUGAGAUAGUAUUGUCCAUUGCUUUGACUUGUAUGACAUACCAUAAUAUUAAAUCAGCUUCUUGUUAA